AUGUCAGAAAUUGAAAUCUCUUCCGGAUCGGAAGAUAGUGAACCAGACAUUACUUAUAACAUGGAUUUAUUUCAACAGAUGAUAAAUUUAUGUCGAAAUAAUAGACAGUUUCCCCAACCGUAUAUUGAAGAUAUGAAUAAAAUGUACAAAAAAUGCAAUUAUAAGCAAAAAAAAUCAAAACUUUUAUGCGAUUUAAUACUUAAAGGAAUAGAGUUCAUUUCUCCAAAGAAUAAUGAUUCUUUUCAGUAUGCUGCCAGUGUAUAUAAUGAAUUAUUGCGACUAUCUGAACAAGACUCAAUUAAUUUACAGACUGAAAAUUGUGUUGCUAGUACUUCAAAUGGUAAUGCAAGUAUGAUUACUGAAUUAGAGAAUGAUACAAGUAACAAUGAAAUUAGUGAAAGCGAUACAAUAUUCAACGAAUUGAUAGAAAAAUGUUAUCAAAAUACACAUUUUCCAAAAUCAAAUAUUGAAGUGAUUAAUAAUUUGUAUAAAUCUCUGCCUUCUGAAUUUCUUGGUUCUAAGUAUUUUAUUAUGUUGUUAAAAGAAGCAAACCAAGUAAUCUGGCCUGAUAGUGGUAGUGCUUUAUAUACACACAUGGAACAUAUAUAUGAUCAACUACAGCAAUUUAAAACUUCAAUGAAGGUUCAAGAUAGUAGAUCAUCUGUUAUGAAUAAACAAAGGGAUGAAAAAACAUUAAAACAGCUCAAAAAACUAAAAACUGCAUUGAAGAUUAUCAGAAAAAAAAUUAAAAAUCUUGAUGAAAAAGAAAUGGACAUAAACAAUGAAAAUGAAUUUAAUUCUGACUCUGCAUAUAUAUUAAAGGAUAAAUAUGAAAAAAGGAUUGUUGAAAUAUAUAAACGAAUGUGCAAGUUAAAUGAAGAACCAGACUUUUUAGAAGAACCUAUGCUGCGUUUCAAAGCAACAAAUGACAGUUUAGUUAAUAAAACCAUUGAGAAAUAUUAUAAUCUUAACAAAACAUUUCCGGAUUAUUUUGAAAUAUAUACAUUAUUACAAUGCUUAAGAGACAAAAAAAAUUUAAAAUGGACUGAAACUGAUUUGAAAAAUAUUUCUCAUGAUGCUUUUCUUAAGCUUGGGAAACAAUUAAAGCUUCGGAGACUGAAUGAAUAUUUUGGUCGUUUGGCAAAUGUAAAUGAAAUAAAAGAUCCAGCAGAAGAAAAUGAAGAACUCAGAAAGAAACUCGAUGAAAGUAACAAGAAGAUGCACUCAGAUUUGAAUGCGUUGACACUGAAGUUUAAAAAUAAACAAGAUUAUGCAGAGGAAACAGAAGGAUCUAACCUUAAUAAUACAGAGUGUGAAUACAGUUCAGAAAGUGAUUGUAGCAUUAAUAAUACAAAAUCUAAUAAAGAAUUGAAACCACCCAUCAAACCUAUAUUAGUUAAACGUAAAAGAUUAUUAUCGCCAGAAUCAGAAAAUGAUAAACCACCAAAAAAGAGCCAGAAAACUAUUUACAUGGAGUCAUUUGAUUUAGCACCAAGUGGUGUUACUUCAGAAACAAUACUAAAUGAGAUACAAGAAGAAACAACUGUUGUUACAGAAAAAGUUCCUGGCCAAAUGACAACUAUAAAUAAUGGUAAUAAUAUGAUAAUAAAUAAAGUUUAUAGUAUUCCUUUUACAAAAGAUGCUGUUUUAAAAAAUACUUAUCUUAUUAUGUCAAAUGGGGAAACAUGUGAUCUUAACAAAAAAGCUUCCAAUGAAAUAACUUUAAUAGAUGUUGAUGACACAACAAAUAAAAAAAACAAAAUCUAUUCUAAAGAGGUUUCUGAAAAAGUAAAUGAAUGUAGUAACAACACUGAUGAAACCGUAAGAAAUAAUAAUUUAGUCACGGAAGGAAGUCUAUAUAAUACUGAUACAGAUGGAACCCUUGUGAUUGAUGAAGAUAUUAAAGUUGAGGAUAAAACUUAUAGAACAGUUACUAAAGAACCACAGGAAAAUAAAAUUACAGAAGUAGAAAGUGAAGUAAAUGCUAUGAAUCAUUGUACUAUUGAUAGUGAAAAUUGUGAUCCAAUCAUCACUGAGCCUGAAGUAAUAAUACAUGAAGAUAAAGAUUUGAGAAAAGAUGUUAUUGAGAUUAAUGAUCUUGAUGAUGAUUCAGAUGUAGAAAUAACUUCUUGUGAAACAUCCAUAGUUCCAGUUCAAAAUAAGAAAUCUCUAGAAACUAUUAUAAAAGCUAUGAAUUUUAAUAAGAUGUACAAUUGGAAUAAAGAACCAAAGAAGUCAAAUCCUAUACCGCCUCCUGUUGUUGCAAAGACCUCACAUCAAAGUUCAACUAAUUUGAAUUUGGACAAUAAUUUAGUCAAUCGUUGGGUUGUAAACAAUAUACGGCCUCCUAAACCAAAUAGCACGAACAAUAUUCCUAACCUCAGACAUAAUAAUAGACAUAGACCCGCAACUUGUCACAGAAUGAGGUCAACUACUUUUCAAAAUAGUGUACAAACUGCAAGACAGAUCACUCAACGUAUUUCAAAUACGGUUCAACAACAAAGAAAUUUCAAUAAUCAAUCAGUAUUACAAGAGCAAGUAACAACCAUGACUACAACAACUACAGUUAGACAAAUAGUCCAGAAAAAUCAAGUCCACCGUCCCGGUAGUUCUGUAACUAAUGGUGGUAAGAAACCUGAACUUAUAGAACUGGAUUAG